CACAAAUUGCACAGAGGACGAAAGAAUUAAAUGUAAGAGAGGAAAAUGGAAUUUUAUCUAUAUAUACAAAUUUUCACUUUCACUACACUUUUGUCCACUCCAGCUUGCGACUCCUAAACCCUAAGUUAGAACCCAUCAGCUGAUCUCAUCUAACUCCAAUGGCGUCCAACGGUGCCAAUCCAAUGGAGUCGCUGAUGGCUGUUGCUCCCUCAGUCUCUACGCCGUCAACCAGACGUCGCUCUCAGAUUUUCCGCCACCAGAUUCCAUCCAUACUCAUCAGCUUAGAUCCUCCGGGGAUGUCUGCUGAGUUUGCGUCACAAUUGGUUGACUUAAUAUUCCAAACUCUGUAUAUCUAUGAUGAUCGCGGAUCAAGGAAGGCCGUGGACGACGUUAUAAUCAAAGCGUUAAGUGAAACGAUAUUUAUGAAAAGUUUUGCUGCAUCCCUUGUACAAACCAUGGAAAGGCAUUCAAAGUUCCAAUCACUGACAGGGGGGUACAGGCUUCUAAAGUGGUCUUGCUUCCUUCUAAUAUACAGUCAGUUUGCCUUGUUGUCAAAGAAUGCAUUUUCUAAAGUACUCCAAGCACAGGCAUCACUACUUCAUGUUGUCAUUCAAGGAGCUUACCGGGUCAGAAGGGCAUGUAGAACAACCUUUUUUACUUUGUUCACUAAGUCACCAGAUAUAUACAAAACAUACCUGGAGGAACUAAAGGAUGGGAGGAUCCCAUGCAAAGAUAGUCCAGAGUUGACAUAUAUGAUGCUUGAUUAUUUGGAUUCGAAGCCUGCUUUAUUUGAGACAUGGAAGGUGGAUUCGCUUUCCCAUCUUCACACCCUUGUUGGUAAAGAAUAUUGUUGGUAUUUUUGUGGUUUCAUCUGUGCUUAUGGUUUUCCGUUGGUUCUACAGGAUAUACUUCUUGAAGUAUAUGUUAGAACUGUUCUAAAUGCAAAGGAGAAGCCCACAAAUGACCUCAGUCAAGCUUUUCUUCCAUUAUUUACCCGUCUGUCCCAUGAAGAUUUUAGAAACACUAUACUCCCGUCUUCUGUCAAGAUGUUGAAACGAAAUCCCGAGCUUGUCCUUGAAUCAAUUGGAGUUCUUUUGAAAUAUGUGAAUCUUGAUUUAAGUAAAUAUGCCAUUGAAAUUCUCUCAGUGGUACUAGCACAAGCUAGGCACGCAGAUGAAGGAAGAAGACUUGUUGCUUUAGCCAUAGUUAGGUGCUUGAGUCAAAAGUCUAGCAGCCCUGACACUGUGGAAGCAAUGUUUACUGCCAUCAAAUCUGUUAUUGGAGGUUCAGAAGGCAGACUUACAUUUCCAUAUCAGAGAGUUGGUAUGAUUAAUGCGCUAAGAGAAGUUUCUGAUGCACCCGAAGGAAAAUAUUUCAAUAUCUUGUCGCCAACUGUGUGCGGAUUUCUGUUGUCUUGUUACAAAGACGAUGGAAAUGAAGAGGUCAAGCUUGCAGUUUUGUCUUGUUUAGCAUCUUGGGCUGUAAAAUCGGCAGAUGCUAUUUCCUCUGAUUUAGUAACCUUUAUUGUUUCUGGGCUUAAAGAGAAGGAAACACUGAGAAGGGCCCAUCUUCGUUGUCUGCGACUGAUAAUAAAAAAUACUGAAGCAGUUGUACGGAUGUCAUCGUUGUUGCCGUCUCUUCUCCAACUAGUCAAAACCGGUUUUACCAAAGUUGCUCAGAGAUUGGAUGGCAUUUUUGCACUACUUUGUUUGGUGAAAAUUGCUGCUGAUGAUGUUAAAGCAGAUGAAAUGGUGUCCAAGGAGAAGAUUUGGCCGUUGAUAUUGCAGAAUGAACCUUCUAUUAUUCCAAUUUCUCUGGCAUCCAAAUUAACAGUGGAGGACUUAAUGGCUUGCGUUGACCUUGUUGAGGUUUUGCUUGUGGAUUAUCCACGACGGUUAUUGGAGAUCUUUUCUGCCAGAGCAUUCCUACAGUUCAUAUUGUUUUUGCUGUGUCAUCCUAAUUGGGAAAUACGAAAAGCAGCCCAUGGCACUACGAAGAAGAUUCUUGUUGCAUCUCCUCUGUUAUCUGAAGCUAUUUUGAUUGAACUCUCAAGUUAUCUCUCUCUUGUUGGGGACAAAGUCGCUCUUCUUAAGAUGAGUGAUACAGAAAGUGUUGUAGAUUCUCGAGUUCCAUUCAUUCCGCCAGUUGAGGUUUUGGUGAGGGCAUUAGUUGUUAUAGCAUCUGCUGUAUCCACUAGUACCCCAGAUGUGUGUUUGCAGCUCAUGUUUUGCUCACAUCAUCCACAUAUUGUUGGAACUGGAAAAAGGAACGCUGUUUGGAGGAGGGUGCAAAAAUGUCUGCAUAAGUUCGGCUUUGAUGCGGUUAGCCUUGUUACCCCUAAUGUUGCUGAGUUAUGCAAGGUUUUAUUUGGUUCAAACGGAUUGACGAGUUCUAACUGUUUUGAGCAAGGAGCAGCUAUAAAUACCUUGUCAACACUGAUGUCUAUUGUACCGGGAGGUAUUUAUGCGCAAUUUGAAAAGCACUUCAUUAGUCUCCCAGAUCGUAUUGCACAUGACACUCUCUCAGAAAUUGACAUUCAGAUUUUUCGUACUCCUGAGGGAAUGCUUUCUACGGAGCAAGGUGUUUAUAUUGCGGAGUCUGUUGCCUCCAAAAAUGUGAGGCAAGCGAAAGGACGUUUCAGGCUUUACGAUAAUGAUGACAGCUCGGAUAAGGUUAGCUCAAAUCAUUCUACAAGGAGGGAUGUGCCGAAUAGAGAGGUUACUGUUGCUGCGAAAAAAGAUGCUGCAAAAUCAGUGAAGAAAGCUGGCGAUAAGGCAAAAACAGCAAAAGAAGAAGCUCGUGAGUUGCAGCUCAAAGAAGAGAGUUGCAUUCGUGAAAAGAUCAUGUCAAUUCAGCAGAACCUUUCUCUGAUGCUCAAAGCUUUGGGCGAAAUGGCGAUAGCUAGUCCCAUAUUCACACACAGCCAGCUUCCUUCUUCAGUUAAGUUCGUCAAUCCUCUACUGCGGUCCCCAAUUGUUGGUGAUGCUGCCUUUGAGACUCUGGUGAAACUUUCGAAGUGUACUGUCGAUCCCCUCUGCAAUUGGUCUAUUGAGAUUGCAACUGCCUUACGACUGAUUGUCACGGAAGAAUCUAGCGUCUUGUGGGGGUUAUUUCCAUCUAUUGUUGAUGGGGAGGACAGUGGAGAGCCAUCAUUGGGUCUUUUUGAACGUUUAGUCAGUGGCUUAACCAUUUCCUGCAAAUCUGGACCUCUUCCAGUUGAUUCAUUUACAUUUGUUUUUCCGGUGAUCGAGAGGGUAUUGCUGUCUCCCAAGAAGACUGGCCUUCAUGAUGAUGUUCUCAAAAUACUGUUCUUGCAUAUGGAUCCUAUUUUGCCUCUGCCAAGAAUUCGAAUGCUAUCAGUGUUGUAUCAUGUCCUUGGUGUUGUUCCUGCUUACCAUACAGCUAUUGGCCCUGCACUGAAUGAACUGUGUCUUGGCCUUGGACCAGAUGAAGUAGCACCUGCUUUAUCUGGUAUUUAUGCCAAAGACAUUCAUGUAAGAAUGGCUUGCUUAAAUGCUGUGAAGUGCAUUCCUGCUGUCUCCAAUUGUUCAAUACCUCAAAACGUUGAAGUUGCUACCAGCCUAUGGCUUGCCUUGCAUGAUACAGACAAGUCAGUUGCAAAAGUUGCUGAAGAUGUAUGGGAUUGUUACCGUUAUGAAUUUGGAACUGAUUACUCUGGACUCUUUAAGGCACUCUCACAUGUUAAUUAUGGGGUCCGGGUUGCUGCCGCGGAGGCACUUGCAGCUGCUUUGGAUGAAAAUCCUGAUACAAUACAAGAGUCCCUAUCCACUUUGUUUUCUCUGUAUCUUCGUGAUAUUGGAUCUGGUGAGAACAUGGAUGUCGGCUGGCUUGGAAGACAAGGGGUUGCUCUGGCUUUAAUGUGUGCGGCAGAUGUUCUUCGGACCAAAGAUCUUCCUGUUGUGAUGACAUUCCUCAUAUCAAGAGCCCUGGCUGACCCCAACACUGAUGUUCGAGGUAGAAUGGUUGAUGCUGGUAUAACGAUUAUUGACAAGCAUGGAAGAGAUAAUGUGUCUUUGUUAUUUCCCAUAUUUGAGAAUUACUUGAACAAAAAAGCAUCAGAUGAGGAAAAAUACGAUUUGGUUCGUGAAGGUGUGGUUAUAUUCACUGGAGCUCUUGCAAAGCAUUUAUCGAAGGGUGACCCAAAGGUUCAUGCUGUAGUUGAGAAGUUAUUGGAGGUGUUAAACACUCCUUCUGAGGCUGUGCAACGAGCAGUUUCUACCUGCCUUUCUCCAUUGAUGCAGUCAAAGCAGGAAGAAGCAGUGGCUCUUAUUUCGAGGCUGCUCAGUCAGCUAAUGAAGAGUGACAAGUAUGGUGAGCGUCGUGGUGCAGCAUUUGGGUUAGCUGGGGUGGUCCGAGGCUUUGGAAUAUCCUGUCUGAAGAAGUAUAAUAUUGCGACAGCCUUACGAGAUGGUCUAUCAGACAGAAAUUCUGCUAAAAGCCGAGAAGGAGCUUUGCUGGCAUUUGAAUGUUUCUGUGAAAAGCUGGGGAGAUUAUUUGAACCAUAUGUGAUUCAAAUGUUACCCUUACUUCUGGUAUCCUUCUCUGAUCAAGUGGUUGCUGUUCGAGAAGCAGCUGAGGGUGCUGCUCGUGCUAUGAUGUCGCAACUUAGUGCUCAAGGAGUCAAACUUGUUCUCCCAUCCCUUUUAAAGGGCCUCGAAGAUAAAGCUUGGAGAACAAAGCAGAGCAGCGUACAGCUACUAGGUGCUAUGGCUUACUGUGCCCCGCAGCAACUGUCUCAAUGUCUUCCUAAGAUUGUGCCAAAAUUGACUGAGGUCCUCACGGAUACUCACCCCAAAGUUCAGUCAGCCGGGCAAACAGCCCUCCAGCAGGUUGGAAGUGUGAUAAAAAAUCCAGAAAUAUCUGCCCUUGUUCCCACUCUUUUAAUGGGUCUCACUGAUCCCAAUGAUUAUACUAAGUAUUCUCUUGAUAUUCUUCUCCAGACAACCUUCAUUAAUUCUGUAGAUGCUCCUUCUCUUGCACUCUUGGUGCCCAUUGUCCACAGAGGGCUUAGGGAACGGAGUGCUGAAACGAAGAAAAAAGCUGCACAAAUAGUUGGAAACAUGUGUUCUUUAGUUACAGAGGCAAAAGAUAUGAUUCCUUACAUAGGUUUGCUUCUCCCUGAAGUUAAAAAGGUGCUGGUUGAUCCAAUUCCUGAAGUUAGAUCAGUUGCUGCAAAGGCCCUUGGUUCUCUUAUUAGAGGAAUGGGAGAAGAUAACUUUCCUGACCUAGUUCCCUGGUUAUUGGAUACUCUGAAGUCUGAUGGUGGUAAUGUCGAGCGCUCUGGAGCUGCUCAAGGGCUCAGUGAGGUAUUGGCUGCACUCGGGACACAGUAUUUCGAGGACAUACUUCCUGAUAUUCUUCGUAACUGUUCUCACCCAAAAGCUUCAGUUCGAGAUGGUUACUUAACCCUUAUCAAGUAUCUUCCAAGAUCUUUAGGUGUUCAGUUCCAGAAGUAUUUGCAACAGGUUUUGCCUGCUAUUUUAGAUGGUCUUGCUGACGAGAAUGAGUCUGUACGAGAUGCGGCACUUAGUGCUGGGCAUGUCCUAGUCGAGCAUUACGCUACUACAUCCUUGCCACUGCUCCUUCCUGCUGUGGAGGAUGGUAUAUUCAAUGAUAGUUGGCGUAUUCGACAGAGUUCCGUGGAGUUAUUAGGCGAUCUUUUGUUUAAGGUUGCUGGAACCUCCGGAAAAGCACUUCUGGAGGGCGGCAGUGAUGAUGAGGGUUCUAGCACUGAAGCGCAUGGACGGGCUAUUAUUGAAGUACUCGGAAAAGAUAAACGUAACGAAGUUCUUGCUGCAUUAUAUAUGGUCCGUACUGAUGUCAGCCUAGUUGUUCGCCAGGCUGCGUUGCAUGUGUGGAAAACAAUUGUUGCAAACACUCCAAAAACUUUGAAGGAAAUAAUGCCAGUUUUAAUGAACACUUUAAUAAGUUCUCUGGCUUCAUCAUCUUCAGAGAGGAGACAGGUUGCUGGACGAUCAUUAGGGGAGCUUGUCCGGAAGCUUGGUGAAAGAGUGCUUCCUUUAAUUGUUCCGAUACUGUCAAAGGGUCUUAGUGACCCAGAUCCCGGCAGAAGACAAGGUGUAUGCAUUGGUCUGAGUGAAGUUAUGGCUAGUGCUGGCAAGAGUCAGUUGCUGACUUUCAUGGAUGAGCUCAUCCCGACAAUACGGACUGCUCUUUGUGAUAGUGCACCUGAAGUUCGUGAGUCUGCAGGUUUAGCAUUCAGUACCCUGUACAAGAAUGCUGGCUUGCAAGCAAUUGAUGAAAUUGUUCCCAUACUUCUUCAUGCUCUAGAAGAUGAACAAACUUCUGAUACUGCUCUUGAUGGUCUAAAACAAAUCUUGAGUGUCAGGACCACUGCUGUGCUGCCUCAUAUUCUUCCAAAGCUUGUUCAUGUUCCCAUGUCUGCUUUCAAUGCACACGCUUUGGGAGCUCUGGCUGAGGUUGCAGGACCUGGUCUUAAUUUCCAUCUUGGUACAGUACUCCCUCCUUUACUUGCAGCAAUGGGUGAUGCUGAUGUGGCUCCUAUAAGAAGAAGUUCCUCGUAUCUGAUUGGGUACCUCUUCCAAAAUAGCAAAUUGUAUCUGGUUGAUGAAGCACCAAACAUGAUCUCUACCUUGAUUAUUUUGCUUAGUGACCCAGAUCCUGCAACAGUCCAGGUUGCUUGGGAAGCUUUGUUGAGGGUUGUAAGCUCAGUGCCUAAAGAGGUUCUUCCUUCAUAUAUGAAACUAGUUCGGGAUGCAAUAUCUACAUCUAGAGAUAAAGAACGGAGAAAGAAAAAAUCAGAAAUUGUUCACUGGAUACAGGGUGGACCAGUUGUGAUACCUGGGUUCUGUCUCCCAAAGGCACUUCAACCUGUGUUGCCUAUCUUUCUCCAGUGUAUGGUCGAAGCGGAUGUUUUUCUUCUUUCAUGUAUUAGGCUCUUUGCGUAUUUUGAUAAGCUCAUUCAUGUUUUCCAGGGUCUUAUAAGUGGAUCAGCUGAACUAAGAGAACAGGCAGCUUUGGGUCUUGGUGAAUUAAUUGAAGUAACAAGUGAAAAAGCCCUGAAAGAAUUUGUCAUUCCUAUUACAGGCCCAUUGAUUCGCAUCAUAGGGGACAGGUUCCCUUGGCAAGUGAAGAGUGCUAUACUCUCGACUUUGAGCAUCAUGAUACAGAAGGGAGGGAUUUCUCUAAAGCCCUUUCUUCCCCAACUUCAAACAACUUUUGUCAAGUGCCUACAGGAUAAUACCAGGACUGUUCGUUCAAGUGCUGCAUUUGCUCUUGGGAAGCUUAGUGUUCUGAGUACUAGAAUUGAUCCGCUAGUUGGCGAUCUUUUAUCUGCUCUGCAGGCAUCAGAUAUUGCCGUACGGGAAGCAAUAUUGACGGCCCUGAAAGGUGUGAUAAAGAAUGCUGGAAAAGGUCUAAGUAGUGUUGUUAUAACCCGUGUCCACACUCAGCUAAAAGAUUUGAUAUACAGUGAAGAUGAGCCAAUACGGAUUUCCGCAUCUGGCAUAUUGGGGAUCUUACUGCAGUAUUUGGAAUGUGCUCAAAUUUCUGAAGUACUCAUGGGAGUCGCUGAUUCAGCCACAUCUUCUACUUGGACUACAAGGCACGGAGCUGCUCUUUGCAUUUCAUCCAUGCUUAGACAUAAUGCUCCAAUAGUUUGUACCUCUCCAUUAUUUACAAGUAUUGUUGAUUGUCUGAAAAGUUCAUUGAAGGAUGAGAAGUUCCCAGUUCGUGAAUCAUCAGUUCGUGCUUUGGGAAGUCUUCUUCUAUAUCAAGUCCAGGAAGAUCCCUCAAAUAACACGACACAUGUGGGAACUUUGAACUAUUUGGUGUCGGCUUUGGAGGAUGAUUCAAGUGAAGUCCGAAGAAGAGCAUUAAGUGUUUUGAAGGCAGUUGCCAAAGCUAAUCCGCAGGGGAUCUUAGCUCAUAUUUCACUAUUUGGACCGUCGCUUGCUGAGUGCUUAAAGGAUGGAUCUCAACCUGUUAGGCUAGUUGCAGAAAGAUGUGCUCUGCACUGCUUUCAGUUGUCAAGGGGUGCAGAAAAUAUUCAAGCUGCCCAAAAGUACAUCACUGGCUUGGAUGCUAGAAGAAUAUCGAAACUCUCUGAACACAGUGAUGAUAGUGACAACAGUGAAGAAUGAAGUUGAGACGGGAAGAUUAUCAAAUUGCCGAUUGAUUGGCUAAUAUAGGCCAACACCACUUGGCUUGUUCGUGAUUUGUUUUGAAUCUUGAGAAGACAAGUAGAAUUUGGGGGUUGAAAUCUUGUAUUCCCUAUCAAUUUUUGUUGUUGGAAGAAAGAUGCCAUACACAACUCAUAUAUGCGAAAAUAUACAGUUGCUGAUCAGUUCAAAUUUUGGUUCCAAAUUUUCGAUACUGUUUUGUAAUUGCUAGUGUAAUUGUUGAAUGCCAAUUUCACCAUGCUGCAACUCAGAGCGAGCUCCUUUUCCUAUAUAAACAGUUUCUGAACUAUGAUAAUUUUGGGAAAUGAUAGAUAUGAAGUAUUUGCUUAAUUCGAAUUCUUCUUUGCUUAAUCUAGGCAUUUAACUCUUUGUUUUCCUUUAGCUCUCUGUUAACUCACUUUUCCUUUUCGCUUUUUACUAAAUGGUAGUACUCACAUACUGAUCUUCCAGUUCAUAUUGUACAUACACGAGAAUAAAAUAAACUACUG